CUGCGGCUACAACUGCGAGGCAGAGAAGGAAACUGCACAGUCUGCAGCGGCGCAGCUCGGAGAGCGAGCGCGGAGCUUGUGGGGGCGGAGCGGCGGCCGCCGGGACGCAUCCACACCCCCAGCCGCCGGCCGAGCCAGCCAGCCCGAGCUCGGGCGCCCAUGGGGUGCAGCCUCGACCCGGCCCCCACUCCGAUCCCGACCCGGAUCCCGAACCGCGCCGGCCUCGUGUGUCGGCCCUGACCCGAACUCUGCGAGCGGAACGUGCUGCCCAGAGAGGCAUCGCAGACACCAUGGCCGAACAACUCCUUCCUCAGGCUUUGUACUUGAGCAACAUGCGGAAAGCUGUGAAGAUUCGAGAGAGAACUCCAGAAGACAUUUUCAAGCCUACGAAUGGGAUCAUUCAUCAUUUUAAAACCAUGCACCGAUGCACCCUGGAGAUGUUCAGAACUUGCCAGUUUUGCCCCCAGUUCCGGGAGCUCAUCCACAGAGCGCUCAUUGACAGAAACAUCCAGGCUUCCCUGGAAAGCCAGAAGAAGCUCAACUGGUGUCGGGAAGUCAGGAAGCUUGUGGCACUCAAAACCAACGGUGACGGCAACUGCCUCAUGCAUGCCACUUGUCAGUACAUGUGGGGUGUCCAGGAUACAGACCUGGUCCUCAGGAAAGCCCUCUUCAGCACUCUCAAGGAAACAGACACACGCAACUUCAAGUUCCGCUGGCAGCUCGAGUCCCUGAAAUCUCAGGAAUUCGUGGAGACGGGGCUGUGCUACGAUACUCGGAACUGGAACGACGAAUGGGACAACCUCGUCAGGAUGGCAUCCACGGAACCCCCGACAGCCCGCUGUGGGCUGCAGUACAGCUCGCUGGAGGAAAUCCACAUAUUUGUCCUCUGCAACAUCCUCAGAAGGCCCAUCAUUGUUGUGGCAGACAAAAUGCUGAGAAGUCUGGAAUCAGGUUCCAAUUUUGCCCCUUUGAAAGUGGGUGGCAUUUACCUGCCUCUCCACUGGCCCGCCCAGGAGUGCUACAGAUACCCCAUUGUCCUUGGCUACGACAGCCAUCACUUCGUACCUCUGGUGACCCUGAAGGACAGCGGGCCUGAAAUCCGAGCUGUGCCCCUUGUUAACAGAGACCGGGGAAGAUUUGAAGAUUUAAAAAUCCACUUUUUGACAGACCCUGAAAAUGAGAUGAAGGACAAGCUCUUAAAGGAUUAUUUGAUGGUGAUAGAAAUCCCAGUGCAGGGUUGGGACCACGGCACCACCCAUCUGAUCAACGCUGCAAAGUUGGAUGAAGCUAACUUACCCAAAGAAAUAAAUCUGGUAGAUGACUACUUCGAACUUGUUCAGCACGAGUAUAAGAAAUGGCAGGAAAACAACGAGCAGGGGAGGAGAGGGGCGCAUCCCCAGAACCCUCCAGAGCCCGCUGUACCCCAGCUUUCUCUCAUGGAUGUAAAAUGCGAAACCCCCAACUGCCCUUUCUUCAUGUCUGUGAAUACCCAGCCUUUAUGCCACGAGUGCUCAACGAGGCGCCCCAAGAGCCAAAGCAAACUCCUGAAGCCGAACCCCAAGCCUGGCCCCGAAGGGCUCCCUGGCGUGGUGCUCGGGGCAUCUCGGGGAGAGGCCUUGGAGCCCUCAGGCUGGCGCCCUGAGGAGCCAGCGGGUGGCCCUCACUCAGCCCCGCCAACAGCCCCCAGCCUCUUCCUGUUCAGCGAGACCACCGCCAUGAAGUGCAGGAGCCCUGGCUGCCCCUUCACGCUGAAUGUGCAGCACAAUGGAUUGUGUGAGCGCUGCUACAGUGCUCGGCAGGUGAGUGCCAGCCAGGCUGCAGAUGCCACCCGGCACCUAGACCCCGGAAAGUGCCGGGCCUGCCUCCAGGAUGCCACCAGGACAUUUAAUGGGAUCUGCAGCUCUUGCUUCAAAAGGACUACGACAGAGUCCUCUUCCAGCCUCGGCUCUGGCGUCCUUCCCUCCUGUCACCAGAGAUCCAAGUCCGACCCCUCGCAGCUCAUGCAGAGCCUGUCCCCACAUUCUUGUCGCAGAGCUGGAAAUGACCCCGCUGCUGGCUGCCUGUCACAGGCUGAACGGACUCCAGGGGACAGGCCUGGGACGAGCAAUUGCAGGAAAGCUGGCUGCAUGUAUUUCGGGACUCCGGAAAACAAAGGCUUCUGCACUCUGUGUUUCAUUGAGUACAAAGAAAACAAACAUAUUGUUGCUGCCCCAGGGAAGGCCAGUCCCACGGGCUCCAGGUUCCAGAAUGCCGUUCCGUGCCUGGGCAGGGAGUGUGGCACCCUCGGAAGCACCAUGUUCGAAGGGUACUGUCAGAGGUGCUUCAUCGAAGCGCAGAGUCAGAGGCUUCAGGAGGCCAAGAGGACCGAAGAGCAGCUGAGAUCCAGCCAGCACAGAGACCUGCCUCGAACCACCCAGGGCACCUCGAGGCCCAAGUGCGCCCGGGCUUCCUGCAAGAACAUCCUGGCCUGCCGCAGCGAGGAACUCUGCAUGGAGUGCCAGCACCUCAGCCAGCGCGUGGGCCACCGGGGAGACCCUGCUCCGGAAGAGCCCCCCAAACAGCGCUGCCGAGCUCCAGCCUGCGAUCACUUUGGCAACUCCAAGUGCAACGGCUACUGUAACGAGUGCUUCCAGUUCAAGCAGAUGUAUGGCUAAGGGAAGCAGGGCCCGGCAUGGUGCUACACUCCGACCCCUGGGUGCCACCAGAAGCAGCCCUGGGACAGUGGCCUGGAGCGUGUCUUCAAGCAAAGGAGGGAAGAUGAGCUCUUCAUGGUGCCUGUGACGCUCGGGUUGGGCCUGGCCAGCCUGAGAGCAGCUCCAGGCUGGUGGUGCAGUGUCAGGAUCAGCGGAGCUGCUGUCUCCUACCAAGCGGCAGCUGAUGCCGCCAGACUUGGACGCGUGCUGGUGUGGUGUGCGCCUGCUCAGAAGUGCCGCCACCUCUGUGAGAGAAGGGAAAGGACAGAUGGGCCGCGAGCCGUCCUAACGGCCUCCCUCGGCAUCUUCAGGAUGAGAUGCUGGGUCCUGCGGCCGGCUCAGGAGUCUCCAGAGAGCCGGGGGAGCUCAGGAAACAGGACCUGUUCAGAGAGGGCAGGAGUCAGGGCUUCCCUGCUGCCUGCCUGUGUGCUGAGCAAGGAAUAGAACAUUUCUAGGGGAAAAAGCCAGCAAGCUGCUCUUUGCUAUAUGCAUUUUUUCAUAGGAACACUUUUGGAGGGACAGUGCCCAACUCUGGGUUACCAUUGUCUUCCUUCUAAAGAAAUUUCUCUGAAUUAUUAUGUGUACAAAUUAUACGUGGGUAAUAUGGCCUACUGUAUGAGGGAUUUUUUUUUAUAUUGAAAUGCCCUAGCAGCAUCAGUAUAAUUCACUUUAUUUAUUGUAUUGCAAACAUCAGUUAUUUAAGAGAAAGUGUUUCUUCCACCUUAUCCCUAUGGUCUAAUGUAUUUGCUUAGGGAACCUUCUGGAGUCCAGCAAGUGCUUGACCAUGGUUGAGGGCAGGGCUGGCCUCUUGGAUUCACUGCUGCCAUGACUCUGGAAAGAAGGGAUGGCUUCCAGAGUGAGGUUGGGAGUCUCACGCAGCAUCUUGAGCCCUCCAGCUGCGCGGCAGAAACUGUCCUCUGGUGCUCCAUCCUGGGACAGGAGAUAGAGAAGGAGCAGGGACAAGUUUCGGGAACAGAGAGGAGCGAAGGGAGCCCUUCCAUAACGCUUUCAUUUGCUGUAUUACGGGGGUGCCCGGGAGGAUCCCAUGUCUGGCAAUGCCUCUGCCACAGGGCAAGCCCCGUCAUCACGAGCUGAGGACAUUUCUGUCUGCCUCCGAAUCGCUCUUCUCUGUGUGCUUUAUGUCUCCUCUCCCACCCUACAUCUUCCUGGUGUCUUUCCAAAGAUAGGAAAUAAACUCCAGUGUUUCCAUGUCAUUCUUUCAGUAUUUUGUGUCAACCCAUAUUUUAAAUCUAAUUGUGAAGAAACAGAAUUAUUUAUACUUAAAAAGAAUAUUUGAAAUUUGCACAUUUAGUUGUCAUAGAAUGCUGCCUACCUUUGGAUUUUUUCCAGUUUUCCUUAAUGUAACUUCACAGAGUUAAUGUUAAAAAAAUAAAUUAUUGAGGAACAGA